GCGGUCCUCCCGCUGUAUACUCGUGUUUGUGAGUGAGUGAAUAUUACAACAUGCAGCGGCCGUGGAGAUGAGCGGCGCGCAUCGCUCCGUCUCGCUCGCACCUCUACCCCUCCCCCCGCACCGCCAUGCCGCCCCGCGCUCUUCUAGCCACGCUCUUCGCUACUCUUGUCGGCUUUCUUCCCGCGCUGUGUGAGCGCAGCAGCUCUGAGAGGGCGCUGUCGCUCGACGCCGCCGAUCUCCUCCGAGACGCCCCCCUCUACCCCCCACUACAAGAUACCCUCUACCCCAACACCAGGAGCGCAGACCCGCAGAUCAAUGAAGCUACCAGGAACACAGAAGAUGACACCUUCCCUCAAACUAAUACUCUCUAUGAAUCUACUAGGAACGCAGAUGAAACCCUCUACCCUAACACUAAGAAUACAGAAGAUGAUACCUUUCCUCAAACCAACACUCUCUAUGAAGCUAUUAGGAACGUAGAAGUAGAUGACACUUUCCCCCAAAAUGAUGACACUGUUAUUCAAGUUACCAGAAAUGUAUAUGAUCCUCAAAAAGCUACUAGAGACGCAGAAGAUAAAGAUGGUAUGGUAGAAAAAAAUCCAAAUGAUUUAACAGACACUGAAUCGCUUGAUAACAAUCCAAACCUUAUAGCACUUGUAGAAAAUCCCGACAAUUUAGAUCCAGACUCGCUUCAAAAUCAACCAGACCAAAUCGAACCUAUAGAUAAAAAAUUCCAACCGUUCUUUGAUACUGAAGAUGAGUCUAUAGAAAUCGAAACUGAUCCAGAGACGAGCAUAGAAGAUAGCGGUAUCGUUGUCACACCCGACGAAACCUCACUACCUGAUGAUAAGACUAACGAGAUACCUAUCAACGAAAAUUAUAUUGCGACUGAAAGAUUAGAUGAUAAAGAUAUUUUAGAUAAAGGUGAUAGAGUAGAAGAUUUACCGAAUGCUAGAAUAGAGAACGAGAAUAGAGAUCUACAGUCCAAUAGAAAGGGAGAGACAUUAGAAGAUAUAGAAGAUGCUAGAAUAGAAAUGCAGCAGAAUGACAGCAUAGAAGAUUUACUAUCGAAAGUAGAGGUAGAGGAGAAAGAAGAAUAUAACGGAGACAUGAACAUAAGUGAAGAUGUUCUGAGAGAGAUUCUAGGAGGUGAUGAGGAGGACAGUGACAGAACUAAGAGGAGCGCUGGACAGGACUGGGACAAGACUAAGACUCGGCGCAUCAAGACAGGAGACACUAUCCUGAACAUCCGGGGCGCAGUCCGGGACGCCAUCGGGGACGCCGGCGCAGCCCCCGGCCCGCGAGCCUCGUCGAGAGUCGACGCCUUCGUCAUACGACCGGCGCCCGUCAUGAGCGACGAGCCCAGAGAGCAGAGAGAGAGCAGGAGAGAGAGACCCGUGCAGCAACAGAAGCGCGAGCGCGAGUUGCUGGUGGAGCCGCAUGCUGCUGCGCGGCUGCCGUGCGAUGUCGCCAACAUCAGCAACGUGCGGUGGUACCGGGACAAUGAGCAAAUGAACCUCCCCACAUCCCCCGGGGCUGAUGGCGUCUACCGCGACGGUGCCACGCUGGUGGUGGGGCGGGCGACGCGUCACCACGCCGGUCGCUGGCGCUGCACCGGCAGGGAUGGCAGUGGGAGAGCCGUCAGCGGGGAACCCACCAGGCUGAUGAUAUAUGAACCGGUGCGGUCAGUCUACUUGGCGGUGGACGGCCGUCGUCUGGAUGCCGGUAAUACCUGGGUGCCAGUCAGAGACAGGGCAGAGCUGGUCGUGAGAUGCGUAGCUGAAGGUGGAGUACCAUCGCCGGAGCUGUCGUGGCGUCUGAUGGCGCUGGAGCCGACCCUCGACCACAAGCCCUACCUGCGCCCCAACCCCACCAACUACAGCGUCGAGGGUGUAUCGUUCUCCCGGGUGUCGCUAACUGCCGCCCGCGAGCUACACAACGCGACGCUGCUCUGCACCGCGCGACAACGCUCCGCCGCCGCGCCGCGCGACAGUACUGCCAAGCUGCAGAUACACGUCACAUACCCACCAUCAUUCGUCAUCUCUCGUUGGCCGGGUUUCGGCGUGGCGCUGUGGGCGGGUGGCGCGGCGGCGCUGCGCUGCGACGUCGACGCCAACCCGCCCGCGCGCGCCACGUGGACCAGACACGACCGCGCACCCGUUUCCCUGGCGCCCGUAGAGGAGGGUGGUGCGGGGGAGGCGGCGACGCUACGGUGGGGGGCGCUGCGGGCGGCACACGCGGGUUGGUACCGCUGUCGGGCGCGGUGGGCCGAUACAGACUACUACAGCAUCGGGUACUACCUCAAUGUGCUGGCAUCAGAGGAGGCUCCCACAACAGAAGCAGAACCGGAACCAGAACCAGAGACGCAAAAGGUGGAAGUGCCGCUUGGUGGCAACGUGCAGCUCCACUGCCCUAAAGGCAGCGUGGGUUGUUGGUGGCGGCGCGUGGUCGGCAACGCGAGUGACAGCUGGGCGCCGGCCGGCUCCCAUCACGCGCAUGGAGUACUAGGUAUAAAAGAAGCAGUAUACGAGGAAGGUGGUGAGUACCGGUGUGUCGGUGCGCGCGCACCAGACCUACAGCGACUCAGGGAGCUGAAGAGAGUCACGCUGGCUGUUACUGGCGGCGCGACGGCCACCGCCAUCAGCUCUGAAGCUAUAUCUGGUGGGUGGCGGCUCACGUGCGGCGCGUGCGGUCGCAACCUGCGCGUGGUGUGGGUACGCGGUGGCCGUGCGGCUCCUGCUGCCCUGGUACCAGACCUCGCGCAGCACUGCUGGCGCGCGCAGAUUGCCCUGCCUGAGCCUGAUGAGGUAUGGUGCGUGGUAUCAGCGUCCAAUGGCGGCGCAGUAGCGGUGUUCCCGCGCCGGCCGCCCCCCUCCCCUGCGCCCGCGCGCCACGCCGUGCGAGCGCUGCACGCCGGCUGUGACGUCACACGACCGCUAGCAGCCCUGCUAGCCGCAGCGGUGAUGGUAUGGAUAUAGAUAAUAGAGUGCAACUUCUUAAUGACAUCUCUUUUUAAUAGCAGUUGGUGAUGAUUUACAUUGAUAAAGUUGUGGAUCCAAGUUGGAUACUGUGGGGUGGAAAGGUUGUAAGCUGGGACACUCGAUAAUGAUGAUGAUGAUAAUGAUAGCAGCUCCUGUACAUCCGACAUUAGAUGCUGUUACAAUUAUUGUCAAAAAUAUAUACCAGAAUCCAAUGAUGCUGGAGGUUCAGUAUCAAUGUAUAUCAGUAAUAAGAGCAAUCAAAAUAUAGCAACAAAUAACGAUGAUGCAAUGUGAGGUUCCACAAUACAUUAAGAAUGUUGCACUGUACACACUUGGGAACAUGACAAGAGCAAUGAGGUAGACGAAUUAGUAGAAACAAAUCUUCUUAAAUAUGAAGAAGCUUUUAAUUAUGAAAAGAUGGUCUUGUCAUGUCGGCAAGUUAGCUUUUUAAUACAUAAGAUAUUUUUGUAAUGUUUUAAUAAACUCAGUCGCCAACGAAGUGUCAAAUUGAAUAAAACCCCAACGUUUUUUAAAAGACUUGAUUCUUGUCAUAUCGAAAGCUGCUGUGAGACCAGAGAGCGUUCUUCGAAACUUAUGAUGUUUGAUGUAUACUAUAAUGUCCAUUAUGUUAUUAAACGAGGGUAGAUCAGACCUAUUAUAUAGCUAUCCCUUUCACAAACCAUACGUUGGAGCGAGAAGUUAAAAAAUAGUUUAGAACCUUUGAUCACAUCUUUUAAGCUACUAUCCCAUUUUCAUACCAUACGUUGAAUCAAGAACGAUGCUAGUCAAAUUGUCUGGUUAUAUUUUAGGUCUGCUCUUAGGUAUGAAAGGUUCACGCCCAGUACUUUUAAGUUCCUAGGUCCUAAGCUUCGUCCUAAUGCUAUCUUAAUGAUUCAAUUACUCGUAGACGUGUCGAUGUAUCCUAGUAGUGCUCCUAUAAUCAUUUGUUCUAAUAUAACUGUUAUGUGUAGCUACCUACGGACUAUAUUUGAAAGCCACGAAUUUACUUGCUCCUUUUUUUUAAUAUCAUCUAAAAUUCUCGAAUCACCUUCAGAAAAUGUAUCAUCUUUGGGUUGAUUUCCUUCAGUAUAAUUAGUAAAAUCGUAUUAAUCUUUUAAAUCAGGAAUAUUUUUUUUAUGUCUGCAAGAAAUUCGUGGCCGUUGUUACUUUUCACUCCUUCUUCUUCUCUAUCGAAGUUAAAACAGGAAAAUGUGCCAAAUUGUUGAUAUUGUGUUAGUUUUUAUUCUGUGGAGUUAUCGAAGUGUAUAGAACACCAAGUUUAGAGAUGUUAGAUAUACAGAGCGUUCAGAGUUAUUCUGCCUCCAGUAUGAUCUUUAUGUCAACGACAUAAGGAUCUCGAAGGUAAAAUAACUCUAAACGGACUAUAAGAUUAAGAUUUUAUGGCGAAUUUCGUCAAGUUCACUUAGCACAAACGCGGCGACGCGACGUAGCUCUGACAAACUGCCAAUAGAUUAAACGUUUAAUCUAUACUGCCGUGAGACACUGAAUAAAAUAAGUCGUCGGUCUCGCUUUUGCCAAUAUAAUUAAGUCGAGUUAUGUCACGUCUACGCGCAUUGUACUAGAGGGCAUAUAUCCAUAUAUUUUAUAUAGAUGUCAACUCGAUGUAUCAUAGCUUAUCAUGUAAAUUUCGAUGUCAAUUUUCGGUCCGCGUUGUGCGGAUUUUUGUAACGAAUUUGCUACCACAAUUUUUGCAACAAUCUUGUAGGUAAGUGAUAUAUUAUUGAAUGUUCUAGUUGUUGUUGAUCUCGGUUACUCUCAUUAUUGUCUGAUAUGUCUGUCUCUUUCUCUGCUACACUUUGAUCGGAAUGAGUAAAACGUUUAGCUUUUGAAGUAAGGGGAACAGAGAUUAUGUUUCUCUCUAUGUAAUAACCGAUUGUCAAAAGGAUACUGUGAGGUAGAUAACUGUCAUUUGUUCCAAUUUCCACAUAAAAAUGAUCAACAUAAAGAAAUCAUACAGUAAUCAUGGUCAGUAAAUCAGCAGCAGAAACAUUUGUAUAUUUAACUGACACAAUUAUAUCACAAAGAGAUGAUCUGAAAAGUAAUUUGUUAUCUGAAUCAACAAAUCAGAAUAUGCAAGGACUAAGAGGAAGCUAAACGUUUCACUCAUUACAUUUCUUUCUUUCCUGUCAGAGUUAUCGUUAUUGUUGUAAAGAAUUGUGAUACCAGCGGGGUGCGGGGCGCUCUGUCAUAUAUACGACGUUAUAUAACACGAAUUAGUUGAAUUAGUUGUUAGGGAAUGUAUUUUUGUACCGUCUAAAAGUUAUGGUCAAUUGAAAAUGUAUAAUUUCGUGUACCUGUGGAUAAAAUUAUCCGUCCAAACGGAAUUCGAUAGGUUAUUAAGAUUAGAACCUCUAUCUAGCAGCCUUCCUAGCACGAUGCGACGCGACGUGGCUAUCUCACUAUUGACUGUCUUUGACGCCGCUGAAUUUGGAUGAAACUACGCACACACAUAGUUUGUUGCCUAAAGUAACAUGGUUGUACCGCUUUAGGGAUAAAAAGCUGAUAAGAUUGAAAAAAAUAAGGAAUAAGAUAGCGAGAUAGCUGCUACGUCGUUGUCUAACACCAAAUCCCUUGAAUCCUGUAGAAUUGGGGGCUAAAACGAAUUACAAUAUCUAAACGAUGACAAAGAUACAGGGAAAAUGUGUAAGAACAUCUGCGUGGUUGAUCCACAUUGUUGUUUUCCACAGACUUUAAUCUUUUCCAUCUUCGCUAUCGUUUUAUAAUGUGAUAGGUCCCCUGAAUAGAUAGAUAAAUUAUAGAUAGAGAUACCCUUCUCCUCUCUUUCUCUCUCGACGAGUGUUCUGAACACGUUUCCUUUUAUUAGAGACGACGGCCCCCGCACCUCUGAUGUAUAUAUUGAUGAUAUUGUGACGGUGGCAUCCAUAUUUUUGGACAUAAAUUAUUAAGCUAUAGCAUAGCUUUUUUCGCGGCGACCAAAUCAAGAAAUUUUGUUUAAAAAAAACUUAACAUCCCCGCCACUCCGACCGACACAGCUAUGCAGUGAUGCUGUACCGCUGUGCCAGUCGGUGCGGCAUUGCCAGACUUCGGCACUUUGUUUGUGUUAGUGUGACUAGACGUAUGAGAAUUACAAUUGCGUCGAUAAAAAAUGCUAUGCAAUAGCUUUACCGCGGCAGUCCUCGCGAGUCACACGUAUUUUCAUAAGAAAAUUAUGAACAAACAUAAAUAAGUAUUCAGAGCUUAUCUCUUUGAUAGAUUCCUUCCAGCGAAUAAUUUAUUUUUGCGAGCGUAAGCAGUGAAAUUUAUUUGGCUCCGCAUAAAAUUAUCACCCGUUUAAAAGUUUUUGAUUUAUUCCUUGAUUUAUACAACGAGUUUUUAAAUAAAAGUUGCUGGUUUUUAAUCACUUUGCUGUCAUAUUAAACAGCUAGCCAACGUUCUCUUGCUUUAGACGCGUUACGUCGCUGUCUGUCUAGAAACAGUCAUGAAAUAGAAAUGUUGACAUUUAAAUAGAGAUUUCUCGACAGAUCGCAACAGUGCAUGGCCUAAAGGUUUAACUAAACCGAUAAUUAUAAAAUAAUGUUGCCAAACUAAAGUAUAGAUUGGCGUUAAGAGGUUUUACUGAGCCGAUAAUGAUAAAAUUAUGCCAGACUAUAGUAUGGAUGUCGCCAUCACAAAUUUUUCGUACCUAGCGUCCAUUUUGAGAUACUGUGUAUCAGGUGCCAACACGGAGACAUAUAUUUACACAUACUAUGUUUAUUUGAUAUGUGUAUCGCAGUGUUUACUCGUAUACUGGAUAAUAAACGGUAUU